AAUACUCUCUCUUUCUCUCUCUUCUCACUUCAGCUCUGCAACUAACUGCAAGGUAAAAAAACCUUCGCAGAUUAAUCAUGGAGAAAGGCAACUCAACGUCGUCAGGUCUUUUAAGGACGAAGUCCGAUCAACUAGUCGAAAGCGUCUUAGCCGCGCUUAAAUCGCCGGGAUCUGCUUCGGCUUCAAGUGACGCAACGGCGGAGAUCGCCGGAGGAGGAACGUCAUUGUCUCGGAAAUCCAGCCGGAGAUUAGCGUCGCCAGGGAGGAGUCACAUAAGGAAAUCCAGGAGUGCGCAGAUUGGAAAACAGUUACAGGAUUUGCAGGAUGACGUUAGUAGUGGAGCCGCUCUUAGCCGAGCCUCAAGUGCUAGCCUCGGCUUCUCUUUUUCAUUCACCGGCUUCACGGUACCGCCAGAUGAAAUCGCCGAUUUAAGACCUUUUAGCGACGAUGACAUGGCUGAUCAGGAUCUUGAAGCUGGAAUCCGGAAGAGAAACAUUCAAGCAGAGCCAACCUUACCAAUCUACCUUAAGUUUACAGAUGUCACGUACAAGGUCAUUCUCAAAUCAGUUGCAUCAACAACUGAAAAACACAUCUUGAAUGGGAUUACAGGGUCAGCUAACCCAGGAGAAGUUCUGGCUUUAAUGGGUCCUUCUGGUAGUGGAAAGACGACCCUUUUAGGUCUCUUAGGAGGCAGACUAAGAGACCAUACUCCUGGAGGUUCAAUUACUUACAAUGAUCAACCCUAUUCCAAGUUUCUUAAAAGCAAGAUAGGAUUUGUGACUCAAGACGAUGUUCUAUUUGCACAUCUGACCGUGAAGGAAACCUUAACAUAUGCAGCUCUGUUACGUUUGCCAAAGACACUCACAAAACAAGAAAAGGAAAAACGAGCUCUAGAUGUUAUCUAUGAGCUCGGUUUGGAGAGGUGUAAGGAUACUAUGAUUGGUGGUUCCUUUGUUCGAGGAGUUUCGGGUGGAGAAAGGAAGCGUGUUUGCAUUGGUAACGAGAUUAUAAUAAACCCAUCAAUUUUAUUACUUGAUGAACCAACUUCUGGCUUGGAUUCCACAACUGCUUUGAGAAUGGUUGAAAUUUUACAAGAUAUAGCAGAGGCUGGGAAGACAGUAAUCACGACGAUCCACCAGCCAUCGAGCAGAUUGUUUCACAAGUUUGACAAAUUAAUCCUUCUUGGGAAAGGGAGUUUGCUUUACUAUGGGAAGGCUUGUGAUUCUAUGGUUUAUUUCUGUUCCAUUGGAUGUUCACCACUUAUAGCCAUGAAUCCAGCUGAGUUCUUGCUUGAUCUGGCAAAUGGUAAUUUAUCUGAUAUUUCUGUACCAUCUGAGUUGGAGGAUAAAGUUCAAGUACUUCUUGGAAAUUCAGAAAGAGAUACAAUAAGAAAUGGAAAGCCAUCACCACCUGUAGUGCAUGAGUAUCUUGUGGAGGCUUACGAGACUAAAAUGUCUGAUGAUGAGAAAAAGAGAUUGAUAGAUCCUCUUGUUCCUAUAGCAAUCGACGACGAAUUGAAGUCGAAGAUUUCAAGCUCGAAACGAGAAUGGGGAGCAAGUUGGGGAGAACAGUUCUCAAUAUUAUUCUGGAGAGGAUUAAAAGAAAGAAGUCAUGACUAUUUCAGCUGGUUGAGAAUCACCCAGGUGCUUGCAACAGCAACCAUUUUAGGCUUGCUUUGGUGGCAAUCUGAUGUUAAAAGCACCAGAAAGCUGCAAGACCAGGCAGGAUUGCUAUUCUUCAUAGGAGUAUUCUGGGGAUUUUUCCCAGUUUUCACAGCAAUAUUCACAUUUCCACAAGAAAGGGCAAUGUUAAGCAAGGAAAGAGCAGCAGACAUGUAUCGAUUGAGCGCGUAUUUCAUGGCUAGAACGACAAGUGAUUUACCACUUGAUCUUUUGCUUCCAGUACUUUUCCUGUUGGUAGUGUAUUUCAUGGCUGGCUUGAGAAAAACUGCAGAAGCUUUCUUCCUAACUACUUUUACAGUCUUCCUCUGCAUUAUAGCAGCUCAGGGACUUGGAUUAGCCAUUGGAGCUUCAUUAAUGGACAUAAAGAAAGCAACAACUCUUGGCUCUGUAACUGUCAUGACCUUCAUGUUAGCCGGUGGCUUCUUUGUAAAUAAUGUUCCUGUGUUCAUAUCAUGGAUUCGGUACAUAUCCUUCAAUUACCACACUUAUAAGCUUCUACUGAAGGUUCAGUAUGGAUAUGAAACGCAUGCGGUUGGUGGAACGAAAAUUGACAACGGGUUAAGGGAAGUGUGUGCUCUUUUAGCGAUGGUAUUUUGUUAUCGUAUAUUGGCUUACUUAUCUCUUCGAAUGAUGAAGCUUCAAUAAUGGUAAGAUGUUUUAAAUAGUAAACAGAUUACAAAACUAUAGAAAAAUAUAUAUGGAUUGGUCGGUCAGAAAGAAAGGCCCAAAUGGUGAGGAAUCGAGAAUUAACUUUAUGCAGCAGCUUCGUGGUCGUUGUUAUCGUUAUCGUCAAUCAGGUUAAUCAGGUUAUUGUUAUGAUACAUAUAUAUAUUGUUGUGUUAACUUGGAUGAUGGAUCAUUUCCAUUUUGAAUAUUUGGUAAUUAAUAGAGGGAUUUGUUGCCAAAUACCAAUGAUUUUGAGUUUGGUCACCUUUUUUUCUUCUUUUUUUAAGCAUGGUUUGGUAAGUUAGUUAUGAGAGUGGUGUUGAAAUGUUAUAUUGGUGAAUUGAUUUGAAACUUCCUUUUGUUUUACAAUAAUCAAAUUUGGGUUCUUGA